AUGGUACCUGAGGAAGAAGCCCAAAAGAAGAGGAAAAGGAAAGUAAAGGUGUCAGGAAUGGCUCUCACUCAGGAACUGUUGACUUUCAGGGAUGUGGCCAUAGAAUUCUCUCAGGAGGAGUGGAAAUGCCUGGACCCUGCUCAGAGGGCUUUGUACAGGGACGUGAUGUUGGAGAACUACAGGAACCUGGUCUCCCUGGCAGGAUUCUCUCCUUUUGACCUGAGUGUUAUCUCUUUGUUGGAGCAAGGGAAAGAGCCCUGGACUGUGAAGAGCCAAGUGAAAAUAGCAAGAAACCCCAAUGGGUGGGAAUGGAUCAAAGGUGUGAACACAGAUAUCUCCCCUAAAUGUGUGAUCAAGGAAUUAUUACCAAAAGGGAACAGCAAUACAAGAAAAGUAAUCCAAACAGUGAUGCUGGAAAGACAUGAAAAUCAUGACAUUGAAGACUUUUCAUUGGGGGAAUUCCAGAAAAAAAUACAUGACUUUGAGUGUCAGUGGAGAUAUUAUGAAAUGCAUUACAAACCAGUGUCUAGAACCCAGACAGAAAAUCUCACUGGUAGAAGAGAUCAACAUAAUAGAAGGGAUGUAGGAAACAAACCUAUUAAAAAUCAGAUUGGAUUAAGCUUUCAGUCACAUCUGGCUGAAGUGCAUCCAUUUCAAGCUGAAGGGAAAAUUUAUGAAUGUAAUCAAGUUGAGAAGUCUGUCAACAAUGCUUCUUCAGUUUCAGCACUUCAGAGAAUUCCUUAUAGUGUUAAAACACACAUUUCUAAAUGUGGGAAUGAUUUUAUCUAUUCUUCAUUUUUCACACAAGGACAAAAAUCACACAGUAGAGAAAAACCUUACAAAUGUAGUGAAUGUGGCAAGGUCUUCAGUUACGAGUCACACCUUGCAAGUCAUUGGAGAAUUCAUUCUGGAGAAAAACCUUACCAGUGUAAUGAGUGUGGCAAGGUUUUCCGCCAAAAUUCAUAUCUUACACUUCAUCGGAGAAUUCAUACUGGAGAGAAACCUUACAAAUGUACUGAAUGUGGCAAGGUCUUCAGUUACAAGUCAUCUCUAACAAAUCACUGGAGAAUUCAUACUGGAGAGAAACCUUACAGGUGUAAUGAGUGUGGCAAAGUCUUCAGCCAAAAUUCAUACCUUAAACUUCAUCGGAGAAUUCAUACCGGAGAGAAACCUUAUACAUGUAAUGAAUGUGGCAAGAUGUUCAAUCAGAUUUCACACCUUGCAAGACAUCGGAGAACUCAUACUGGAGAGAGACCUUACAAGUGUAGUGUGUGCAGUAAAGCAUUUGGUGAGCGUUCAAGCCUCACCACCCAUCAGGUAAUCCAUAACGUUGAGAAACCUUAUGCAUGUAAUGAAUGUGGCAAGGUCUUCAGUCACAAGUUAUCCUUAGCAAAUCAUUGGAGAAUUCAUACAGGAGAGAAACCUUACAAGUGUAGUGAAUGUAGGAAGGUGUUCAAUCAAUAUUCACACCUUGUAAAACACCGGAGAAUUCAUACUGGAGAGAGACCUUACAAAUGUAAUGAGUGUGGCAAAGCCUUUAGUGUGCGUUCAAGCCUAACUACCCAUCAGGUAAUCCAUACUGGAGAAAAACCUUACAAGUGCAAUGAGUGUGGCAAGGUAUUUAGUUAUAGGGCAGAUCUUGGAAGUCAUCGGAGAAUUCAUACUGGAGAGAAGCCUUACAAAUGUAAUGAAUGUAGCAAGGUGUUCAGUAAAUAUUCAUACCUUGCACAACAUAAAAGAAUUCAUACUGGAGAAAAACCUUACAUGUGUAAUGAGUGUGGCAAAACCUUUAGUGGACUUUCAAACCUAAUUACCCAUAAGGCAAUUCAUACUGGAGAAAAACCUUACAAAUGUAAUGUGUGUGGCAAGGUCUUCAGCCAGAAUUCACACCUUGCAAGUCAUCACAGAAUCCAUACUGGAGAGAAACCUUUCAAAUGUAAUAAAUGUGGCAAGGUCUUCAGUCAAAGUUCAAACCUUUCAAGACAUCAACGAAUUCACAGUAGAGGGAAACUUUACAAAUGUAAUGAAUGUGGCAAGGUCUUCAGUCACAGUUCACUCCUUGCACAACAUCGGAGAAAUCAUUCUUUAGAGAAUCCUUACAAGUUCAGUAACUGGCAAACCUCAAAAGUUUAAGCAUUAAUCAACAUCAGGGAGUCCAUACUAAAUAAAAAUCAUAUAAAUGUAGUGCACAUGGCAGAGGCUUUAUCCAGGUCUCAUAACUCACUGGACAUCAAAGUAUACACCUUUGGUGAAACCACACAAAUGUAAUGUGCAUGCUGAGAUUAUUACCCAAUCAUCAAAACUGUAGAACAUCAGAGGAUUCAUAGGAGGAAUAAGUCAGUCUCUAGUCCUUCAAAAUUAACCUUUGAUAUUACAUAGUAAAGAAGAAUUAAAAGUUAAAAUAUGUUGAAACUCGUGAUAUAUAUCAAAGGUGCAAGGACAUGUGGAAAUGGUCAUUUUCUGGUUAUAAAAUAUUUGAGAUUUUCUUAAAAGGCUACUUUUAUGACUCUGAACCUGAAUAUCUUAUUGAUAUGCUUUCUUUACAGGCCUUUGAUUGUAGUCUCUGGGGAAGAAUCAAUAGGGUGACAGGGCCCACUUCAUUAGGUGAGGAGCAUUCCUAUCCAAGUUCCUGGAAGAAGAAGGAAAUUAAAAAUUUAAUUUCUUCUGAAAUUAACUAUUUUCUGAAUUAAAAAGCAUGGAGGAUGGGCAGAGAAUAACAUUAAAACUGAUGUUAGUCACCAUACUUACUGUUUUAAGGGUGCCUGUAUCUUUCAGAAUGGCACUGUGGGUUAUAGGAAGGAAAAGCUCCACAAACUGUGAAAUAGAGCAGGCCAAGACCUUACUAGUAAUGUGUUAUUAGGGACUGAUUAUGUGGUAGAAAUAAUGCAGGGGAAAUGGUGGCCACUUUCUCUAUUGAAUGGCAUUGUUGGAAAAUUUGUCUUAUUUUUGAAAUUAAAGAGAAAAUCGGGGUGGAGAGUUUAAUCAAAAAAACCAGAAGAGCAUUUUCUUGAGUAGGAUUCAUGUUUUAACUGGUGGUGUUACAUUUUGUUUUUUAUUUAUAAUGCAUCAGAGGUCUAAUGUUUUAACUAAUAAAAUUUAAUGUUUUUCCUAAA